UGGUUUGGUUUGGUUUUUGAUGAGGUGACGCUUCUGGUGGGUGUGUGUCGUGUCUCUGUGCUAGUGUGUUUGGUUAACAAAUUUUACGUGAUUAUCGUGACUUUUAGUUUGUUGUUUUAUAAACUUGCAACAUGUCGUCUAGAUCUAGUGUUAAAAGAACGACUGUCUCCAGUCAAAGUGUUACUUCUUCAGCCGGAAGUUCUACAUCUUCCCAAAGAUCAUCGAGUCCCCUGAGCCCUACCCGGUUUAGCCGGCUACAAGAAAAGAACGAAUUGUGCAACUUGAAUGAUCGAUUAGCAAAUUACAUUGACAAAGUAAGGCACUUGGAAAAUGAAAAUAAUCGACUUACAAGGGAAGUUCGCACUCAUGAGGAGACCAAGACCCGCGAGAUCACAAGUGUUAAAAGUAUGUACGAAGGUGAGCUGUCAGACGCCAGAAAACUACUUGAUGAACUAUCAAGGGAGAAGGCUAAACUGGAAUUGGAUAUUCGAAGGCUCUAUACUGAAAAUGAAGAUUUGAAGUCCAAGUUGGACAAGAAGACACAAGAUCUGUUGUUGGCCGAGUCCAACAUUUCCAGCUUGGAGGCGAGAGUGGCUGAUCUGCAGAAGGGAUACAACCAGGCUCAGUCUGAUCGUAAAAAGUUUGCUGACGAAAAUAAGAAACUGACCAAGGAGAAUCAGUCACUGUCUAUGCAGUUGAAGGAGAGCAAGAAGACUGCUGAGGAGGAGAUUCUGAAGCGUGUUGAGGCUGAGAAUCUUCUGCAGACUACUCGAGAGGAGCUCGACUUUAAGGAGAAGUUGUACAGACAAGAGCUGCUGGAGACUCGCACCAAACAGAAGGUAGAGAUCAGUGAGAUUGAUGGACGUCUCAACCAGGAGUACGAGGAGAAGCUGUACUCCAUGUUGCAGGAAGUGCGAGCUCAGUUUGAGGAUGAACUCAACCGUACUAAGUCUGAGACCAGCUCGAUGUACGAGGACAAGAUUACCAACUUGGAGCGUCAACUGAGCCGUAACAGCAAUGCAGCAGCCAACGCUAUGGAGGAGAUGCGCAAGAUGACCUCACGUCAGGAGGAGUGGCAACGCAAGUUCUCUGAUUUGGAAGCCACCAACUCGGCCCUCUCUGCACAAGUGAGAGAGUUAGAGAAGCAGUUGGAGAGUGAUCGUAACCGUCACAUGGCAGAGAUAAGUCGUCAGGAGAGAGAGUUGGCUCGGCUACACGAUGACAUGCAGAUACGCAUGCAGGAGUAUCAGGACCUCAUGGACAUCAAGGUACAACUGGACAUGGAGAUUGCAGCCUACAGGAAACUGUUGGAGAGUGAGGAGGAGCGGUUGAACAUAACUCCAGUGAGUGGCACACCCGGUCGUCCGGCUAAUGUGUCCGGUCGUUUGACGCCAGGCCGGCGCGGCACACCUAGUAUGGCGAGGGGAGGAGCCAAGCGCAAACGUACAAUCCUGGAGGACAGUGAAACCUCUAGUCUACAAGACUACACCAUCACCUCCAGCUACAAAACAGAUCUAGAGGUGGUGGAUGUGGACCCUACUGGCAAGUUCAUCAAAUUGCACAACAAGGGAGCCAAGGAGGUGCUGGUGGGCAAGUGGCAGGUGAUCGCUCGUACGUUCGAUGGAGCUCAGAGCAGCUUCAAGUUCCGAGCCAACAGCAAAGUGAAGGCUGGAGAGGAGGUGACUAUCUGGUCAUCAGACUCUGGCCGAGACCACGAGCCUCCCCACCACCACGUCAUGGCCGAGCAGUCCUGGACAGUGUCCGACCAGAUGACCCUUCAGAUCAUCAACGGCAAUGAGGAGGAGGUUGGGUUGUUGGAGAGAAAGAGAACUCAGUUGUCCUCAUCAGUCAGCAGAACACGUCAGGCCGGAGGAGAACUGUACCACCAAGAGGGUGAUGGAGAGGGCUCAGAGCGGUGUGCUAUUAUGUAAACACUGAAAUUCUUCUAAAUCCUACAAACUAGUGUAUAUUAUCGUGAACAUAAAUCAUAAGUUACUUAGACAGAUGAACUCAAAAACACGAAUGAAGAAUUUGUUAUGAGACAAUUUGUAUUUCAUUGACAAUGAAAGUGCUAACUAAUAUAGUGUAUUGGAUAAUAUUUCAAACUGGAUACUUUUUUUGUGCGAUUGAGGACCUAAUUAAUUUUCUACAACCAUGAUUUAUGUUCACUAUAAUUUGUUCGCAACACUUACAUGUUGUUUUUUUUCUGUUUAAUCCCUUAGGAUUUACUUAACGUUAAGAUAAGAGGUUGAUGUAUUGCGUCUCACUUGGAUCCUAAUUUUCAAUUUUCCCUGUUAACUCAACCGGUGUACAUGUUUUCAUAGUUUUCUUUAUUUUUUUAAAAUUAAAUUUUACAUUUCUCUGUCAAAGGGAAUUUAUUUUUGAUUUUGUGUUUUUUGUAUACAUGUAUCGAGUUAAGAUUAAGUUAUACAUUCUUUUAGGGAAUCUUGUUUUUUUAUGAAUCUAUUUUCCGAACUGCAUUACAGAAUUUGGUUUACACAAGCUUUUCUAUGUUGUAGUUUGUUAGGUUGUAGGUUCAUAUAGGUUAUUUAUAUUUCAAUAUUUUAUAUUAAGCUAUAGACAUGUUAUUUAGUCAUUUUGAACUGUUAACCAGACUAUUGUAAGUUUUGAUUGUGUAGGUCAGGUGUCAACAGAGGUUUAGAUUGUUUUUAUUCGGUUUGGAUUCAAUAAGACUGAAGGUGAACUUUUCUAAAGUGCCUUUAUGUAAAAUUUAUUUAUUCACUAUUAAGUAUAGGUUUGUAGAAUAUAACUACCACUGUUGUUAUUUAUGGUUUCAUGUUAAAGUAUUCGUCAUGUUAACAGUUGAAUUGAAGUUUGAGUCACAGUUGUGUGAGAUUGGCGGAGAGAGUUUUUGAUGUGUUUAAUUCCUAAGUCAUUAUACAAGAAACAUUGUUGUGCAAUGUGAAUGGUAUGUUGUAAUUUAUUUUUGCUAUGUAAACCCCCCUUGACACCUUACGGGGACUAAUGUUAGCACCUCUUAGUCCUACUUCUUGCAUAGUUAUGAUCACAUUUUGUCAACUGUUCGUCACUAAUACAUAAUAUUCAUAAAUGCAUUUUUACUUCUAUUUAUAAGUGGAACAAGCAAAAAUAAAUGUUGAAGUACA